GUUAGUUCUUCACUCUGAAACAAGCAGCCUACAAUGUUUUUUCUGUUGUCUCCUGUGUGACAACUGUCCGUGCGCUGCUUUAUAAAUAUGACUUGUGCACCUGUUACAGCAGCGAUGGCUGCCAUAUACUCAGGUAUCCAUCUGAAACUGAAGAGUCCACAGACUCCGUGGGAGGACAAGCUGAAGCUGGCACGUUUUGCCUGGAUAUCCUCGCAGUGCCUGCUGCCAAACAAAGAACAGGUAUUGUUGGACUGGUGCACCCAUGCUCUCACAGGCUGGCACAAUAAAAAGGUGGAGUUCUCCCAGGACAUAUUGGAAGGUUUAUGGUCCUACCUUGAUGAUGCACUUCACAGCCAAAAGCUCCAUUCUUUCCUCAAGCAGGGAAAGACCAUUACUCUGAGGCUCAAUAUGGCACAGCUGCUGCUUGACCAACUGCAGGAAUGUGCACAUGGUCAGUCGCCAUUGUGUGUGUCAACCAUACUGAGUGUCCUUAGAGGCAUUUUUUCCUCUCCUGUACUUUCAUCUCUUUUUACAUCAAAGUAUGAACUUUUUGUCAAUCUAGUGUCCAAGUUCUGCUUGUUGGCCUGCCAUAAGAUACAGAAACCAUUGCGCACACAACACCAAAUUACGGAGUCUGACACAUGUCAAGGUGGAAUGAUCACAGAGUCUCCUCAGAAUGGAAAUGAUACUACUUUGGAGACGUCCAAAGUUGAGCAGAUCACUGGAAGCAGUCCACCAGAUCUGCCAGAGCUGGAUGUUAACACCCACUCCAAGCCAAAGAAAAGCCAUCCCUCAGCUAAUUUAUUUGAAGUGUUGCUUCAGGUCCUGUCAUGCUAUUUGUCAGUCCAGCGACAACAAGCCAACCCAAACAGAGUCUUUACUAUGGUCACCAACCAGCUGAUCCAACCAUUAGUGCUGCUCAGAUACCUGCUGGCCUCUGAGGAAUUUGCAUCUUCACCCACACGCAUGCAUCUCCGUCAGCAGCUGUGCAGAGACAUGCGCGUCAAGAUAGACUCCAUCCUCCACUUAGCUCUCUUCCCCUCUGAGCACCUGGCCUUAUACAAAGGGGAACUUCUUCCAGCUAAAGAGGAUUCUGGGAAAUGUGGUUCUGGUGGGACAAAAGGGCCUUUGAAGCCAGUCAGUGCUAUACUUUGCAAACUAAGUGCCCACGACUACUGUGAACCAUCUCUGCACUACUCUGUGAAAUCUGAUGCAUUGGGUCUGCUUUUUAAAAUUUUUCUGGAAAGUUACAGAAAGGGGAAGGGAGACACCGAAGAGGAGCAGAGAAUGCUGUGUUUCCAUUUUCUCGUCAGAUUGGUCCCAGCAUUAGAUCUUCAUCCUGAUGGAUGCUCGAUUACAGCUGCCAAAACAGAGCAGCGGGGUGCUGUUUCCCCUGGACAAAAGUCUCCUCCAGCCUCCCCCUGCACUCCAGAGAGCUGGAGCCUGGCUCUGCAGGCUGUGGAGUCUUUGCUAAGCCAGGCUUUGUCAGCAGACAUUUACAAUGUUGCUGCAGACAGGAUACGACACAAAGAGGUCCAGCUCAACUUUUACAGAUCCUUGGCCCAAAUACUCUUCAAUGAGGCCCAACCAAGCAUGCCUUCAUGGUACCGCUGUUUAAAGGUGCUUUUGGGUCUCAAUCAUCUGAUUCUUGAACCUGACUUGGACCAGCUGUUAAGCUCAGCUUGGAUAGAUGCUGAAGACAUGGAAGCACAAGUGCAACAGGCCAGACAGCUCAUGGUGUCCAGCCUCCUUCAGAUCUACACUAAGCUCCGUCAGCUGCCUCGUCUCUUCUCUGUCCUCCUUUCUGUGAUUUGUCAGCCAGCUCUGGAUGACCGCCGACCACCUCUGCUUUCUGACGGCAUCUCCAUAUCCCUCAGGACCUGUUUUCUGGACACACCACCCUCACAGAUCCUAGAAAUCUGCUCAUCAGUGUUGAAGAGCAUCAAUACGUAUAUACUACCUGACCUAGUGAAAGAAGGUGAGGCAGAUAAGAUGGAGAUUGAUGGAGGACAUCGGAAUCAAGAGAGAGAAGAUGCAUCUCUGAAACUCUCUUCUCUCAGUCAGCUGCUUCAUGUUGUUUUAUUUAAUCUGAAGACUCUGGAUAACGCCUCUCCUGUUCCUUUGGUCAAGCAGUGCAAAGGCCUGAUGGAGGAAAUGCAGCAGACAGUCAAGGCGUUACUACAUCUCUUGCCAGCAGAGAGAACACCUUUCAAACUAGAUGUAACAUCAACUAAAAGGAUCCCAAAGAAAGGCAAAAAGAGUCUGGACCCCAAAGAGACAGAAAAGGUUUCAGAGGUAAAAAUGGAAACAUUCUGGGAACAUAGGACCCAGGAGGCCGCUCUCCUACUCAGAUACACUUGGGUGGAAGUGGAUACCCUAUUCCACAUUUACUGCAGCAAAUACACAUCUGUUGAUUCAUCCCUGACUGCAGCUGUGAAACAAAGUGAUGCUACUUCCAGUUCUUCACUCCUACUCCACAUGGACGGUCUCCAUCCCUCCCCCUCCUGCAGCCCCAUGAGCAGUUUGCUACUCAAACACCUCACUUUACAGCAGAUGAAGAAGAUUUUGUUAGAGAGGUCUUUACUUCAUGAAUCCAGCACAGAAGCACUACUAAACAGGGCAGCCCAGUUUAUUUUAGGCAAGUCAGAGUUUGAGGUGAGACCUGAUGAAGAGCAGGGAUGGGAUGGGCAGAUAGGCAGUGUGAACGCCAGCACCUACCGUGUAGCACACUGGUUCUUUCUCACAUCUAACUUGCCGUUGAUUCUUCCUUACCUGAGUGGAGAAGAGGUCAGCCACAUAGCACACAUCCUUGUCAGCUCAUUGAUGAACAGACAGAUUGAAAGUCCCAAAGACCAACCUCCUGGCUGGUUGAGUUUCUCUCUCAUAUCUUCGCAGCUUAUUGAAAGUCCAAAAUUUGCUGAGAUGGCAUCACUGUUCUCUGCCACAGUUCAUUCCCUCAUGCUAAGAAUUAUCAAUGUUCUCAAGGCAGGGCAUAAACCCAAAAUUUGUCCUACGUUUCUGACAUUUCAUCAAAAAGAAAAUGGAGCCAAUUCUUCUGAGGGAGAUAUAAGUCAACCUGUGUCCACACUGGUAAACAAAGAGGCCAUAGUCGAGGAUAUUUUGGCAUCUUCUAAAACUGGAGAUGUGCACUUUCUGCUGGCAGACACACAAACUAAGGAGCUGGUAAACUUGAUUCAAAUCAUAACAAACCUCAACCAAGAUGGGAUGAACUCUGAGGAUCUCUCCUCUCUUUUUCUCCUUCUCUUCUUCUUGCUAACCUCCACCUCCAGGCAGCCGGACCAGAUGAUUGCAGACUCUCCUGAAUCUGUAGCUGAUGGUCUGUUUCUGACAAAGCUUCUCAGGCUUUUGGAUUAUCUCCUGGAGGGAAGAACCUUCCACAGUGUUUUGAAGCUCAUUCACGGCGGUACUUUGCUGCAAACUGCUGUGUCAUGUCUCCUCAACAGGAACAGCACAAGAGUUGGAACCAUGUGCAGCACUGAUUGGCAGAAUUUAGUCAAAGCAGCUCAGAGUUUCAUAAGAUCUUUGGUCCAGUUGAUUAUAAUCAGAAACAGCAGCAUCAGACUCAACCUAGACCAGUUUGCUUCCUAUCUUACCAGUAAAGAAAAGACAGACAGACAAAUUGGACUAUCCACAUCUGGAGCAUCUUUGAUGUCUGCUCAGCUUUUGCUGGCAUCUCUGACUUCGUUCUCCCAGGCAAUAAUCUCCAACUUGGGAAGAAGUAAGCCAAUGGAUCAAACCUUAACUCAAAUGCUUUCAAAAACAACUGCAUCCUUAGGACCAGCUGUUGAGUCCACCAUGAAGCCCCAAAAUGCCAAUGAGACUGUCAUCCAGCCAGCCAGCAUCCUUGGCCAAGCUUUCAUUGUAGAAGUUGUUACAGUCAUGCUGCAUUGUGAAGUGGCUCCGCUGGUAGUGCAGGAGGAAAGCAAACAGAGUGGCACCCAGCUCACGCUCACCCACAGGACUCUUUACCAAGGCUUCUGUCAACAGAUUCUCAGGGAAAUAAACUCCGCCCCCAGACCCAUAGACUUUCUGGUUUCCUCUCUCCAUUUCCUCUCAGCUUUUUACACAGCAUUGGAAAGGAUGAGAAAAAAGAAACUGCAAGAAGAGGCAGAGGAAGGCGGAAAAGAGUUGGAGGAGCUCUUUAUGCAGAUACUGCAGAAUGUGUACAGACUGAUGGCAGCUCCUUGGCUGUCAUCUACUGAUGUUGGUGAGCUGGAGCCAGCAGUGCAGGAGCUGCUGCACCACCUGGUGGAGAAAAGUACUACAAGUCAGUUCAACCUGCUUCUACUGAUGAUCAGAGAAGGUCUGGAUAUUAGCAAGCUGAGGGCAGGAAACUACAGGGAGGUGCUCUCAGCAGUCAUCAUCAUUAAGCUUCUGUCCUGUUGUCCACUUCCUGAGGCCUGCUCUAAAGCUCUGUGGCUCAUUGUACCACACAUCAUAUCUGCUAUGGUGCUCCUGGUAAGAUCGUCCAGUCAGGAUGUCUCUCUGACCCUUCCCUUUACUGUUCCUACGGUAACAUCAAUGGUAUCACUGCUGCGCCAGGGGGAGGGGCUCAUCACCAACCCUCAUCAUGUGAUUUUGAUCCUUGGUGCGCUCCAUUCGCUUCCCCUUGGCCACUUGACGCCACCUGUCUACCACUCUGUGUUCCUGGCUGUUCACGAGGCCCUGUUCGCCAUCAUCCAGUGUCAUCCUCAGGUGAUAUUGAAAGCAGCUCCAUCCUUCUUAAAUGUCUUCUAUCGUCUGGUGGCGUCCAUCAUGCAGGAGGGUCGGCAGCGAGGAGACAGUGACACAGGUGCGGACAGUGGUGAGUAUUUGCAGUGCUCCAGGCUGGUAGAGAGGAUGUACACACACAUUGCUGCUACAGCUGAGAGCUUCACUGCGCUGUCAGCCUUCAUGGUGGCUCAGUACGUCACAGAGCUGCAGAAGGUUACUCUGCGACCAGAUGUUAAGCUGCACCUGACUGAGGGCAUCUAUUGUAUACUGGACCUGUGCAUGGAGCAGGAUCUCAAAUUUCUGAAGACCGGCCUGCAUUUAGGAGUCAGAGAGGUGUUUAAUGAGCUGUACAGCAGCUACACUCACUACCACAAAACUCAGCGGCAAGGAGAGGACAAGUAUACAGUCUGAUCUACCAAACAAUCUCAGUAAUUUAGUUUAGUCUCCACAGGUAUACAUGUUUAUGGUUUUAGUGUAUAUAUUCAUAUUUUGUUUAUAUUCUUCAUUGUGGACUAAAUCUUAUGCAAACAAGGUGUAAACACAGUUUGUGUGUGAAAGCUGGAAUUGCUUUGAAUCUGAACUUUUUAACAGCAAUAAAAGAGAAGUUGCCAACGACUACAGUGCAUAACCCUAAAGCUGGUUGUUUGUCGUCUCUGUGGGUACUUUAAAACUGUUAUUCCAAUCCAGGUAGACAGUUCCUACUCCAACACACCUGAUUUAGAUGAAUGAACUUCAUGUUUUUUGCAAACUUGUUAACGAGCCAUUCAUUUAGUUCAGGUGUGUUAAAGUAGGAUUACCUCUAAAACAUCACCGCAGUGGGUCCUGAGGACCUUGAUCAAGAAACACUGCCUUAACAGACCAAGCUCUAAAGCAGGGCUACGCAGUCCUGUCCCAUGGGUCCAAUUCAGCAGGUUUUUAAUGUAUUUCUGCUUCAGCACACCUGAAUCAAAUUAAAUGCAUCUAAAAACUUUCAAGUUCUGCAUAAUGCCUCACUAAUUUGAGUCAGGUGUGUUGGAGCAGGGAUACAUUGAAAACCUGCUUGGAUGGCCCUCGUAGGACCGAAUUGAGUAGCCCUGCUCUAAAGGAUCUGUGAAGUAAUUUCCUUGAAAAUGGCCUAUAGGGUGGUUGUAUCCAGAUCUGCUGAUAUUAAAGUUGCACCACCUCAUAUAAAUAUAUGUUGACUGCAGCAGAGUGAGAAGCACAAAGCUGGUCUCAUGCAGAUCAGUUUUGCUACACCCUGGAGUAUAAACAACCCAGCAUGUGGCCGACUGAGGGAGCAGAAACUGUCGACCACAGAGCCCAUACACACAGCUGGAGUCAGCGCAGGAAGUGUUCACCGAAGAGCCUUUGCAGGAACCGUGCUAUGUUGUUUUCAGCUUAAAUAUCAAUGAGCAAUAACCAUGACUUGCUUUGCUUUGCUAGCUGUUUUAUCAUUUAUAAUUACCCCUUCAGGGUUUAAUAAAAUAUUUUUCAUAUCAUUUGCUGAAAUUUGUAUGAAUGUGUAAAUUGUACUUUACCUGGUCUGUACUACUGUCAUUUUUUGCUUUACAUAAAAAAAUCAUUGUAAACAGUGGGAA